CGGGGGGUUGGCGGGAGGGCAGCGCGAGGCAAUGCCGGCACAGAACGCGGGGAGCAGCGGCGAGCCGCUGGGAGCAGAGAUGGGCGAGCAGGCGGUGAUCACCCCGGCCAUGCUGGAGGAAGAGGAGCAGCUGGAGGCGGCGGGGUUGGAGCAGGAGAGGCAGAUGCUGGAGAAGGCCCGCACUACCUGGGACAGGGAGUCGAGUGAGAUGCGCUACAAGAGGCUCCAGCACUUGCUUGAGAAAAGCAACAUCUAUUCCAAGUUCUUGCUGACCAAAAUGGAGCAGCAGCAGCUGGAGGAACAGAGAAGGAAGGAGAAGUUAGAAAAAAAGAGAGAGAUGAUGUUAAAAUCUGCCAAGGGUCAAAAUGCAGUAGAUGGCAAAGAGGAGAAAUCAGGUGCCAAAAAGAAAAGGGGAAGGGAAGAUGGGACGUACAACAUCUCAGAAAUCAUGUCCAAAGAGGAAAUAUUAUCAGUGGCAAAAAAAAGUAAAGUGGAAAAUCAGGAGGAGGGCUCCUCUGACAACCUGUGUCCAGAAGAGGUGCAGAAAAACAGGGACUCCAACAGUGUCAUCAAGGACAGGCUGUGCCAGGCUGUCAGGCACAGUGCCAAGCACUUCCUGGACCCAGUACGGAAGUUCAACGGGCAGCCAGUCCCUUUCCAGCAGCCCAGGAUCUUCACUGGGGGUGUCAUGAGGUGGUACCAAGUGGAAGGCAUGGAGUGGCUCAGGAUGCUCUGGGAAAACGGGAUCAAUGGCAUUCUAGCUGACGAGAUGGGGCUGGGGAAGACCAUCCAGUGUAUUGCAACCAUAGCACUGAUGGUGGAGCGAGGAGUCCCUGGGCCUUUCUUAGUCUGUGGCCCUUUGUCUACUCUUCCAAACUGGAUGUCUGAAUUCAAGAGGUUCACUCCAGAGAUCCCCCUGAUGCUGUACCACGGGGCCCAGCAGGACCGGCGGAAGCUGGUUCGCAAGAUCCACGGGCGCCAAGGGUCCCUGCAGAUCCACCCCGUGGUCAUCACCUCCUUUGAAAUAGCCAUGCGUGACAGGAACGCCCUCCAGCAAUGCUUCUGGAAAUACCUGAUAGUGGAUGAAGGUCACAGGAUCAAAAACAUGAACUGCCGCCUUAUCAGAGAACUGAAACGGUUCAAUGCAGACAAUAAACUCCUCCUGACUGGGACUCCCCUCCAAAACAACCUGGCAGAGCUUUGGUCCCUGCUGAACUUCCUCUUGCCAGAUGUGUUUGAUGAUCUGAAGAGCUUUGAAUCCUGGUUUGAUAUCACCAGCAUUACAGAAACUGCUGAAGAUAUUAUUGCUAAAGAAAGGGAGCAAAACAUACUGCAUAUGCUGCAUCAGAUCCUGACUCCCUUCCUACUGAGGCGGCUGAAAUCCGACGUUGCCCUGGAGGUUCCCCCCAAACGAGAGGUUGUGGUCUAUGCCCCCCUGGCAAAGAAGCAAGAAACUUUCUACACUGCCAUUGUCAACCGUACCAUCAGGAAGCUGCUGGGCAGUAGUGAGGAAGAAGUGGUGGAGCUGAGUCCCACGGGCCGGCCCAAGCGCCGCAGUCGCAAGGUGGUUGAUUAUUGUGAAGAGCACAUUGGGUCACCUGAUGACGUGGAGAAACUGAUCAGCAAAAUGCAAGAGGAAGUAGAAAAAGAGAGGCCAGUAGUAGAAGUGAGCAUUCCUGUGGAGUCAGAGGUGAACCUGAAGCUGCAGAAUAUUAUGAUGCUGCUGAGGAAAUGCUGUAAUCACCCCUACCUGAUUGAAUACCCUUUGGACCCUGCUACACAGCAGUUCAAGGUUGAUGAAGAUUUAGUAAAGAACUCGGGCAAGUUUCUGCUCCUGGACAGAAUGCUUCCAGAGCUGAAAAAGAGAGGACAUAAGGUGCUGUUGUUCUCCCAGAUGACCAUGAUGCUGGAUAUUCUGAUGGAUUACUGCUACCUGAGAGGCUUCAGAUUCAGUCGCUUGGAUGGCUCCAUGUCCUACUCGGAGAGAGAAGAAAAUAUGCAUCAGUUUAAUACUGACCCUGAAGUCUUCCUGUUCCUAGUGAGUACACGAGCUGGAGGCUUGGGCAUUAACUUGACUGCAGCAGACACAGUCAUCAUCUAUGACAGUGACUGGAACCCCCAGUCAGACCUACAGGCUCAGGACAGGUGUCACAGGAUUGGGCAGACAAAGCCAGUGGUUGUCUAUAGACUUGUGACAGCAAAUACCAUUGACCAGAAGAUUGUGGAGAGAGCUGCUGCCAAGAGGAAGCUGGAGAAGCUGAUUAUCCACAAAAAUCAGUUUAAAGGUGGCAAAUCUGGCCUAGCACAGUCCAAGAGCUGCCUGGACCCUCAGGAAUUAUUGGAAUUACUGAAAUCCAGAGACUAUGAGAGGGAGGUUAAAGGCUCUAAAGAAAAAGUAAUCAGUGAUAAAGACCUAGAGCUACUCUUGGAUAGAAGUGACCUUAUUGCUCAGAUGAAGACCUCUGACAAAAUGAAAAAGGAGAAAACAGGAGUCUUCAAGGUCCUGGAGGAAUCAUCAGACCCCAGUGCAGAGUGUGUGUUCUGAGGUGCAGAGCUCCCAGCACUGACAUCACCUUCUCCAGAGAUGUUCCUUCUUUUCCUGCUGACUUUUCCAGGCCUUGUUCAGACCCCUCCUGUUCUCCAGGCAGUUGCAACGUGUUCCUGGUGUCAGGCAGGUGAUGGCUUUCUGUUGUAGCUUUGGUAGGCUCCCAUAAACCAUUAAGAAAACGAGCACGUUUCGUAUUUGCUGCCAGCUUUUUAAGAUCAGUGGUAAAACCUGGCAAAUUUGGGUAAAAAUCUUCCUGUGGAAGUCUUUACAAAAAGAAAAACCAAACCCAAACUUCUUUGUGGUGUCAAUUACAGUUUUCUUUGGAAGAGAGAACACGUGCCUGUGUCACAGCCACUUGUGUAGCUUCUGGUUUUAAUUGCUGCAAAUGAUGAUGAUGAAAUAA